CUGCCUGGCAUGUACAUUCGCUACUGUCAUCCACACACAAGAACCGGGCGGUUGGAAAUGCGUGAUGGUAAUUUCCCGCGUCCCCUUUACCGCAACCCCCCCCUCCUCCCCUGCGCUUCCCAUCCAGGUUACGACGAUGAAAGACCGGGUGAGGUCAAGUGGCAUCCUUGGGGGCGACGGUGGCUCGGUGCCGCGGUAGGGCUACCCGCCUGGGCGCCCAGGGUUGGAGUCUUUUCCUCGUGGGUAUGAAAAAGCUGGUGUGCCCUCGACCGGUCCAGCCUCACCUGCUCUGCUCUGCCCUGCUUCCUGGCCUCGUCCAAAGUCAACACCAGACGGCGUGCUCUCCGGCCGUGCAAACAUCUUGUUUGCGUCCUCUCAUUGUUGCCCUCGCGCAGCUCCUUUCGCUCCUUACGGCCCCCCCCUUGGGCCAGUCACUCCUUUCUUGUUGUAUACACUACUACUUAAUCCCAAUAUUCCGUAAUGUUCACCAAGACGCUCGCCCUUGCGGCUAUGGCUGCUGCCCCAGCGUUGGCAACCCCAGCCGUCAAUGUCUACUGGGGCCAGAAGGGGCUAGAAACGGACAGACUCCGGUCUUACUGCGAUGCUCCCGGGUUUGAGUACGUCACGGUCGGCUUUGUCAACAAGUCUCCUGAGAAUGAUCCCUCUGGCCUGGGGUACCCGGGGACUGACUUCUCCCGUCACUGCUUGGACCUCUACUACAUGGACAAGAGCAAGCGCAAGUCGUCUCUUCUUAGCCACUGUGGCCUCAUCUCUGCCGACAUCAGGUACUGCCAGAAAAAGGGCAAGAAGGUGUUGCUUUCCAUUGGCGGCGAAUUCAACCCUCCCAAGACAGACUACAGCGUCUCAAGUCCGGCUGCCGGGGAAUACUUUGCCAACUUCAUAUGGGGCGCCUUUGGCCCCUAUGACCCGUCAUGGGAACUAGCAAGACCCUUCGAUGACUUCUACAGCGGCGCCGACGAGGGAGAGGAACACUUUGUAUUCGACGGCUUUGACUUCGAUAUCGAGGCCAAGUUCGACGACCAAAGCGGCUAUAUCGCCAUGGUCAACAAGCUCCGUGAAUUGACCAAUAUGGACACCAGCAAGAAGUACCUCAUCACUGCAGCUCCGGAAUGCCCUCUUGACCCUCGGUAUUUCAAGAUGAAGGACAUCAUCCAGAAGUGUUCCUUCGAUGCUCUGUUUGUCCAGUUCUACAACAAUGAAGUCUGCGAGGGUGCCGCCAACAAUUUCGAUGCUUGGGCAGCCUACCUCCAAGGUACCGAGAGCAGGGAUGCAAAGAUCUUCAUUGGGCUUCCCGGUUCUCCUCAAGCGGCAGGUUCGGGCUAUCUUGAUCCCAUCGCCGCAAGGAAUCUGCUUCUCAAGCACAAGAACAAGGCAUCCUUUGGAGGCGUCAUGGUUUGGGAUGCAUUCUUUGGCAGCCAGCUGCCAACAGGUACAGGCGGCAAGAACUACUAUCAGUUUGUCCACGACGUUGCCGUUGGUGCGCCGGCGCCGACAACCUCAAGCCCCCCCGUGCCGGCGCCAACUGAUUGCGUCAAGACGUACGAGGUUAAGCCUAACGACCUAUGCUACCUGAUUGCGAACGAGUACGGCCUCUAUCUCUCCGAGCUGUUGCAAUACAACCCUAGUCUUAAUUCGGAAUGCACGAAUUUACUGGGAGGCCAGAAGCUUUGCGUCAAGCUCGGUAACUUGCCUAAGAGCACUAGCACCACGGUAGCAACAACCACGUCAACCAGCACUUCGGCCAGCUCGACGACUACCUCAGCAUCCUCGACAACCACCGCCCCGUCGAGCACUUCCGAGGCCUCCACCACCACCUCGACCUCUGAAGUGCCUUCCACUACAACCAGCGAUGUGAUCACCCCUACCUCCACCGAGGAAGAUAAGACUAGCACAUCGCCGGCUACGAGCACUUCUGAAACCUCCACCACCACCUCAACCUCCGAAGUGCCUUCCACUACAACCAGCGAUGUGAUCAGCCCUACCUCCACCGAGGAAGACAAGACUAGCACAUCGCCGGCCACGAGCACUUCUGAAACCUCGGCCACCACCUCAACCUCCGAGGUGCCUUCCACUACAACCAGCGACGUGAGCAGCACCAUCACCUCGGCCCCUGAGGUGAGUUCGACCACCACAAGCGAUGUGGCGAGCAGCACCUCCACCGAUGACGAUGACUCUUGCGAGGAUGAUGAGACUACCACCUCCCUUCCGUCUGUCACGGGAUCUCCCAGUGGGACCACAAUGUCGCCUGAUGUCAGCACCACAACCACGUCCUCACCCAGCGACAGCGCUACGCCGACCGACGUCAGCACUACAGCCUCUGCAUCCUCUGGGGAGAACACCACAUCGCCUGGCACCAGCACAACCACCUCGCCCACUUCCGAGGGCAGCUCCGACCCGACCAGCAUCGCCACGCAGAGCUACACCACGUCAACCAUCUACACGACAAGCACAUAUACCGUUACCUCGUGUGCCCCUUCGGUGACUAGCUGCCCUGGCCGCGUCGUGACGGAGACCAUCGCUAUCUCGACGACUGUGUGCCCCGUCACCCCCACGGCGACCGCAACGGCGACGGCGACGGAGACCAGCUCCCCGCAAACUUCUGAGGGCGGCGAGACCUGGACCACGUCCACCAUCUACUCGACCAAGACGUACACCAUCACGAGCUGCCCACCGAGCGCGGCAACGGACUGCCCUGGCAAGCUGGGCCAGGUCACGACCGAACUCGUCGCCGUCACCACAACCGUGUGCCCCGUCACCACUGUCACCCCGUCCGCAUCGGCGUCAAAGCCUACUUCUACCGCCCCCGGCGCUGCGGCUACUAUCAGCUCCCCGGUGGGUGGCAGUGAAGAGGAGGAGGUCGACUCAACCACGACCUCGCAGGCCACAACGACCAAAUUCACCACCAUCACCGUUCCCAAGGUGACUGCCACCGUCAGUGCCUCGUCCGAGACCAAGGAGACCAAGGUACAGACGGCCAAGUCCACGCCCCCUGGCGCUCCGGCUUUGGGAACAGGCACUGGCGUUGGUGUCGUUAGGCCGAGCGCCACGUACACCGCGCCUGUCACCGCCGGUGCCGGGCGCGUGGCCGGUGUUGGUGGCCUCGGGCUUCUUGGGGCCGGCCUGCCACUCCUGUUCUUUGCCGUUUAAAGUUCUUAUUCUUUUCUUCUGUGGCGGAUAUCCCUGUGUAUGUACAGUACAGUACAUCAAUGCUUAUGUGUCUGUCUUGGGUAUAUGGGGUUUGUGGACUCAAUGGUAUCCGCGGUUAUAUUGGAUAAUUUAGUCAAAAAAGUAAUCAUGAAAAUUCACAAUGACGUUGUAAGGGGAUGAAUAUGGAUUCGAGAUGCGAACUGCUCAUGCCUGACGACAGGGGGAUAUUGAAUCAAUGUCAUAAAGUCAUUACGUUUCUACAUCCAUGGCUUACAUACGUAUUGACAGCACGCUCCGCGCAACGUGACGGCGGAUACAGUGCCUGAAGCAUCUUCAUUCCGUCGUUGCCAUCUAUCUUUGGCAGCUGGUUCCACGGGGAAGCCGAAAAGAGAGCUGCUGCCUCGCUGGAGCAAAUUUGCUGCUCGCUUACUAAAUGAUCGCGAAUUCCCAGACUAGGGAUAUAUUAUUGGAGCUGAAACUUGGGUUGGCAAA